GCUCAGGAGAAGGUCGUCUUCAGCAAAGAAGGCUAAAAGGCCAAGGCAAGGACAAGGAAAGCCCAGGGGGAGGAAUGGUGGGCGACGCAGAGCCUCGGCUACAGUUGGACAGCCUCAGGCUGAGUGCUCCCUGUCAUCCAGUGUGGAACAUGUUCCAACUUUACCAUCAUCAAGUCCUCUGGAAAAAUUUGCAAAAAACAUGGAGCAGCUCUCUGCUAUUUUGGAGUCAUGCCAUUCUGCUGAGCCUCAGAAAAGCUCCUCAUCCUGGUCUGACCGUCAGCAUAAAGCCUCGGAGCGCUGGAAAGAGUCAAGGCCAUACAACCUCCAAUGCCUCAUUGAAGAAGAGGCUGUUGGGCAUCCUUUGUGUUGUCUCUGCAAUGAACCUGCAGUCAUUCGGUGCAGAGAUUGUCUUCCUGAGGAGUGGUUCUGUGGUGACUGUGAUAUACUGCAUCACAAAAAGCAGCCACUCCACAACCGGGAGUGCAUUAUUGAUGGUUUUUUUAAAGCCAUUCCUCCAAGUACGUGCAUCAUGAACCAGGGCGAUGGAUAUUGCACCCACGAGCAAGCAUGUCUUUUGCCAGUUGGGAAGGCAUCAUGCUCUUCUUGCAAAGGCACAAAUAUUGUCACAUCACCAGGGAAACCAGCGAUUUUAAUUACCAUCAAUGGACGUUAUGACUUGCAUCAACCACUGCACUUCUGUGAAACAUGCCAGAGGCAGUGGGCUCCGGAACUGAAGGACCUCAUUAGGAGCGGUUAUUGGCCGGCCUCUCUUAGUGUGUAUACCUUGUACACUCUAGACCUUCUGAGCUCCUUUCAGGAAUUGAAGGUCAUUUCUCCUGGUUUUGCCAGACAGGCCUUUGCAAAAUUGCUGGAGCAUCGCACAAAGUGUGGAGGGAGAUCGGGACAUAUCAAUGGAGAUGCACUGCAGCGCAGUUUUUUAGAGUUGUCAUACUCUUCAUUUGAAAAAAAGCAACUGUGCUGUGGUGCUGAAUUCACUUGCCCUGCCUGCACGCCUGAAAUGUUGGCUGUUUCUGCAGAUGGAAACAGAAAGUUAUAUCGCUUUGGCCAAAGUGGAAGCUCUGAUGACCCUGCCUUUCUUGAGGGGCUCUUUGUAGCCAAAGACAGUGAGGUGGCCAUAUUUACAGAUGCCAUCCAAAAAGCAGUCAAAAAUACACAGGGAAAAGGGAAGUGUGGGGACUCCCAGUGGACAGCAGCAAGAGAGAGAUCAAAGAGGGCUUCAAAAUUGGAUGAAGAGGUGAUGGAGGUGGCAGUAUGUCGCCAUGGCUUUCUUUUGAAAGCCCUUAAUAUGUACGGGGGGAGAUAUUUGCAUACCCCCUCUUCCUUCAGAAAGAACUGAUGCCAGCCAAGCCUCAGUUCUUUGCAAUGGAUGUGGCUUGCAAAUACUGGCCCUACCUUGAAAAAGCCGCCAAUGUCCUUCCGGCCCUCCAGGAGCUGAC